UGGUGAAAGUUCAGGGCCGGCAGUGAACUUGGGCAGAGUUCGAAUUUCACCUUUUAGAGCAACUAACACACCAAAUGAGCUUGAAUGAAAUGGAUCAGCACUUCUCUGACCGAAGGCCUCGUUCACCGGCGAUGGAGAUGGAGCCCGAGAAGGUCGGUGUGCGGAAGGGGCCGAGCGCAGACUCCUCCUACCGCUGCGCGGCGUGCCACGGGGAUGAGGACACGGUGCUGGGCCGCCCCGUCCGCGGCCGGGCCAAGUCCCGCAGCCUGUCUGCCGCGCCUGCCCUGGCGGGCACGAAGGAGUUCAGGAGGACGCGCUCUCUGCAUGGGCCGUGCCCAGUGACCACCUUCGGGCCGAAGGCCCGUGUGCUGCAGAACCCCCAGACUGUCAUGCACAUCCAGGAUCCCGCCAGCCAGCGGCUGACGUGGAGCAAGUCCCCGAAGAGUGUGCUCGUCGUCAGGAAGAUCCGGGACGCCAGCCUGCUGCGGCCCUUCAAGCAGCUCUGUGCGUACCUGAUGGAGGAGAAGGACAUGGUUGUGUAUGUGGAGAAGAAGGUUCUAGAAGACCCCGCCAUCGUGGGCGACGACAGCUUCGGACCAGUGAAGAAGAAGUUCUGCACCUUCAGAGAAGACUAUGACGACAUCUCCAACCAGAUCGACUUCAUCAUCUGCCUGGGUGGGGACGGGACCCUGCUGUACGCCUCCUCGCUUUUCCAGGGCAGCGUGCCUCCAGUCAUGGCAUUCCACCUGGGCUCCCUGGGCUUCCUGACCCCCUUCAACUUUGAGAACUUUCAGACCCAAGUCACACAGGUGAUCCAGGGGAAUGCAGCUGUUGUUCUCCGGAGCCGGCUGAAGGUCAAGGUUGUGAAGGAGCUCAGAGGGAAGAAGACUGCCACCCCCAACGGGGUCAGUGAGAACGGGGUGCUGGCUUCAGACCGAGACGCAGAGGCCGGAAAGCAGGUCCUGCAGUACCAGGUCUUGAACGAGGUGGUGAUCGACAGAGGCCCCUCCUCCUACCUGUCCAACGUGGACGUCUACCUGGACGGGCACCUUAUAACCACGGUGCAGGGCGAUGAUCAUGCUGUCACCGGAAGCAAGAAACACCGCCUGGGUGUCCCUGGAUGGACGAAAGAGGCAGGAGAUCCGCCACGGAGACAGCAUCAGCAUCACUACCUCGUGCUACCCGCUCCCCUCCAUCUGCGUCCGAGACCCCGUGAGCGACUGGUUCGAGAGCCUGGCCCAGUGUCUGCACUGGAACGUCCGCAAGCGGCAGGCGCACUUCGCAGACGAGGAGGCCGAGGAGGAGGAGGAGGACUAGCUGGUGCCCGUUGCACACCUGUCGUCCCCGGUCACACACCCACGUGGGCGUCAGCUGUCACGUCACUUAUGUCUGUAGUCAGAGAAGCAGCCCAGAAUCUGCCUUUUGUCGACCAGAUCAGCUGUUUUUAAUAUUUUAAAUCUGACCUCUUUUUGCAUUUCUAAAUAAGCCAAGUAAGCGACAAGCAGAGCUUGGAAAGCCACGCCGCUCACCCGUGUGUCCGCCGGAACCUGUCGCUGGGGACCCCAAGCCUUCGUAGCUCCUGCUGGGGGAGCUCCGUGCAUCAGCCUGCUGCGUGGAGAGGGCUCGGGGCGGGUCCGUCCUUUGGUGCAGAAGUGCCUGUCUCACGGCCAGAGGGCUUCCUCCAGCCACACGCUUUCCCCAGCCCUGCACCUGCCCCUCCGUCCUUUCUGGGGGACGGCAGCUGAAGAGCUGCUGGGAAGCGAGUGCAGGGUGGCAGGCAGACAGGUCCCCUCCCUCCCAUGCGGUCCCCGGGCCCUUUUACCCCCUGCUUUGGCAUCACAGGGCAGCAGAGCGUCACACCGUGGCCCGUGAGCCUGGUGUUGGCUGGGUGAGAGGUCAGCCCACACACAUUCCUCAUGCGUCGGAGCCGCACCCCCACAGGCUGGAAGGCAUUUCCAACCCUGUGUGAACUUUCUGGACUCUCAGACUCUGUGACCUGCUGUGUCCGCAUUCUGUCCUGCACACUCGGAACGUGAUUUCAGAGAGAAGGCCCAAUACCGGCCUGAAGCCGAGCCACAUUCUGUGUUUGUUCUGUGUGAGGGGCAUGGGACCAUCUGUCCAGUCCGGCAUGGCCACUGUGGGGGGGUCUCAGUUGGGAAGCCAUGUGGCUUCUCAGUUGUUACAAGCCAGCUGGUGUGGAGAUGGGGGUGGUGGUGUUCACACGGGUCUUUGGGCUACAGGGACAGCCGGUCAUUCUAGCCACUGCUCCUCCUGGCCUGGUGCCUGAACAAGUGCGAGCACAUGCAUGUGAGUUUGUCAUGUGGGGCUGGAGCUGGUGUGGAGCUGGGUUGGAGACCAGGCUGGGCUUGCACGUGGCCUUGGCCCCUCACCCAGCAGCCACCCAAAGCCCAGGCCUGUUCCGGUUCACUGAUGUCGCCCUGAGCAGUGAGCUCACCUGCCAGACUGGGGCAAAGGGAAGGGCUGGGUGCCCUCCCUGGGCCUCACGUCGGCAGUGACGUGUGGGGCUGUGCCAUGCCCACUCGGGGGACACGUGCCCUGAUCUUGUGCGUGUAUGAAGGCGCCCAGGGCCAUGCAUUCGGUCACCCUUGGCUGGGUCGCCGAGGCACUGGCCCUGAAGCCAGAGCACCAUCUCCAUCGUCCGCAAGUGAUGAAGUGCCGUCCCCUCCCUUGUCCCUGUUGAGGCACCUCAGCGUUUGGAGCGCGGCGGUGCCUGGCGCUAGACCUGGAGGUGUGCUCUUACUGUCCCCCAUGCACCCAGCCCCUGGCUUCAGGGGCAGAAGUGUGGCAUUUGGACACGAUCACUUGUUUAGACAGAAAGGCAAGUGUGAGCCCAGGCCUGAAGCAGCGGGGCGGGGGGGUGAUC